AUUUUCAAAUAUACGUACAACAGCCACACUAAAUUAAGUAUAAACAAAACAAGUUAAAAUGCAAGAUAUACAAAUAUUUGAGAGGUCUCUAAAAGACCUAGAAUGUUUUAAAGACUUUCAAAGUUUUGUCAGUACCAAAAACAAUGGUCAGAUCCGAGCAACCCAUAUGAAGAAAACGCACCGAUUCAACCCUCUGACUGAUCUUAAUGAGAACCAAUUCCGCAUAAAAUACCGGUACACCAAAGAAAAUCUUCGCCGAAUUAUUGAAAUUGUGCGAGACGACCUCGAAAUUGAAUACUACGAGCCAUUAAAAAGGGAGCAAGUUCCAAUAGAUCUACAAAUUCUAUCAGCAAUUCGGCUUUGGGGCGGAACAGAGCACCCAAAAUUGACUGCAAUGGCCCAUGGCGUUAGUUUACGUACUUUGGCGAAAAUCACAAGGCGCGUUGCUUCUGUUUUGUCAUCCAAAGCUUCCCGGUAUAUCAGAAUGCCGGCCACUCUUUCCGAAAAGGAGCGAAUGAUGUGUUCGUUUCAAGCAAUUGCGAAUAUGCCGCAGGUCAUCGGUGCAUUACUGCAGACAACUGUGAGAUUUCAACCGGAGAACUUGGCAGCAGAAGAUCUUGAUGGGGAAAACCCAUUUUCUCCAAGGGAAGAGGAGCUUCACUUACAAAUUGUGUGCGAUGCAGCCCAUAAAAUAAGAGACCUCGAUAUUCGACUGAUCGAAGAACAUUCAAUGCUCACUGACACUGAGAUGUUCGCUCUGUCUAAAAUAAAGGAGCGGUUCGAACAAAAUGAGUUUCGUGGACGCAUUCUGCUCGGAAACGAAAUGGUCCGUUGCUCCUCAUCCCUGUUCACUCCAGUUCGAUUUCCAAGGAACCAAUCCGAAGAGCUCUACAACCAUGCCCACUCAAUCACCUAUGCCUCGGCCAGAAAAUGCCUCAACCUGUUGAUGAGUCGCUUCGGUAUCCUUGGAACUGAAAUACUGGGCUCCCAUGGGUCUGCCAAGCAAACGAUUACAGCCCUAUCCAUUCUGCACAACAUGGCAAUGGAGUGGGCUGACCCCAGCAUAGAUACUGAACAGAACAUUUCACCAUUCAAUUCAACUUUCUUUAAUUCGAUAGGAAGAGCACCAAAAUCUGGGGAAGACAGCAAUAGAAGACAAUUUAUCAAAAUCCAUUUUGCAUCCCAAUAAAUGCAAUACCUAUUUACACAAAAAAACUAAUUU